GUCAGAGAGAGAGAAAGAGGGAGUGCAAUAGAAAGAGAGCUGCUCAGCUAGAGAGAGAGAGAGAGAGCGAUCGCUGUUCUGCGCAGUUGUCACACCGAGCAGAGGGCUGCGUUGUGGAUGUAAACUUUAUCGUGGGUGGGAUCAGUGGCUUGCAGCAGCUGCUGUGCAGUGCAGCGUGCAGCAGCAGGAUUACCAUGUGUGUCAACUGAAGACAGAACACCAGGAUGCAGCACCUCAGGCAGGGGAGAAGCUGGCCGUGGCUCGCCUGCAGAGGGAAGUCGCACGAAGCAAAAGCGAAGGAACAAUGCGACAAAAGCUGAUUCACGUACUAGAGGAAGAGCGACGCUUGCGAUUGGACAGCGAGAAGCGGCUUCGGGAGGUGACGGACGAGUCGGAGCUGGGCCGAGUGCAGAUGGUUUCGCUACAGCAGCACUUCUCCAGGAUGGAAGAGACGGUGCGGACGCUGCUGCAGAACCAGGGGGUGCUGGAGCAGACAGCCGUGGACACUGUGGACAUCAUGAAGGCCUACAAGGAUAAACUCUCGGAGGAGGUGCAGAAGACGCGUGACAGCCUGGAGCAGAACGGCGGCGGUAGCGGCCCACUGCCGUCUUCUGGAGACCCUUCGCUGGCCGACAUCGGCAGCAUCAGCGGAGCGGAGGAGUUUCAGGACCAAACAAAGCUCCUUCUGGAGCGUCUGCGCACCCUAGAGGAGGAAAACUCAGCCUUGGCCAUGGAGAAUGAGAGCCAGAGGGAGCAGUAUGAGCAUUGUCUGGAUGAGGUUGCCAAUCAAGUUGUGCAGGCACUGCUCACCCAAAAGGAUCUGAGGGAGGAGUGUCUGAAGUUGCGGACCAGAGUGUUUGACCUGGAGCAACAAAACCGGACCAUGAGUGUCCUCUUCCAGCAGCGAGUCCGACCCGCAUCAGACCUGCUCCUGCAGAAACUCCACUCUCGGAUCAUGGAUUUGUCUGCCGCUGAUCUCCUCCUGGAGCCUGAGAGAAGCAAAAGCUUCCUGCUAUCCAGGAACACUGACUCUCCACCUCAUGAUGUCCAACUGAACGGAAAGGCGGGACUUCCUGUGGCCAAGUGUCUGAGCCAGCUGAGUCUGACGGUGCAAGCGCCAGUCUACCCACGCAGCAGCUGUAGCAGCAGCGAGCUGUCCCUGUCUAGUGCCUGCAGCGAAUACUCCAGUGGCUCCUACACCUGGAACGACGGACGCUCCUGUGGGAAAAUAUCAUCUCUGACGUGGGAGAAGAGGUUGAGUCUGGGUUCCUCAGCCCCCGGAAACAUCUGCGCCCCCCUGGAGGAGCAGCUCCCAACAAGGAGGAAGGAGAGCCACAUCCUAGAAGGCCUGCGGAAGCUACAGAGGAGAAAACCCAAAGGCUCCUCAUCCUGGGUCUCCAAGUCGGGCGACAAGGACUGCAUGAACUCUAAUGAGGGUAUCUACUCUCUGGGGAUUAAGAGUGGGAGCAAGGGAAUCUCCAAGCCCACUUAUGUGGGAAGGACCACUGUCUCAGGGGUGGGGUGCAAAAGGUUUGUGUACGACUCUGACGAUGCGGAUGACGAGUCACUACAUUCGGCGUACUGCAGACGAGACAGCGUCCCCAGUAAGGACGGAGGCUGGAUGUACUUCAGGAAGCUGUCGCACAGCGUCUCGGACAGUCUGUGUAGCUGGGACGGGCUGCAGGACAGUGGCAUAGUAGGGGAUAGUAACUGCAGCAUGGGUACGAAGCACCCGUCCGGCUAUAACUCCAAGGAGCGGCCGGAAAAACUCAAGAGCUUCAUCAACAGUUUCCCCUCCCUGUUGCACUUUGACGUCAGCCCCACAGAGGCUGAAUGCCCCCUCCACCUCUCAGACACCGAUCCUGAGGAUCUGCACUCUGAGGUCAGUGACCACCGGCUGCCUGUUAGCCGGACAGCUGAGCAACUACAGAAGGACAUCAAGAGGCUCUCGAGGGAUGCUGACAAGCUGCUUCCCGUACAUUGCUUGAGGAGGGAACCUGGCCGAACCCAGUCUGCUGACGGAAGACCCAGGCCCUUCUGCCUAAUCAAGGAACACAAGGGGGCCAAAACCCAGUCUGAGGAGAGUAUCAUGUCUAUAUUCGAUGCAGACGGACAGCCCAUUGAACUCAGUGCUCAGCAGUCCUCCGUUGGUGCUGGGGCUCGGAAAGAGAUUCCUGGGAGGAAGGGGAAUGGGGUUGCUGAGUAUGCAGCACUGUCGCCUCAUGAUAGGCCCAUUCGUCAUAAAGUAGGCAACAAUGGAAGGAACUACACUGUACUAGAAUCUCCUGAAAAGUGUCAUAGUAAGGCUAGCAGCAGAGAAAGCAGCAAUAGCAGGGAGGGAAGCCCAGAGAGGCUGCAAACGCACGUCAUUCCACUGCGGAAAUUGAUAAAGCCGCCUUCCAAUCGAUCCAACAAAGGCCAGUCUGUCCCUCCCAUGAACAAUGCUUCCCCCAGCCUCAAGGCCAUCAGCUCAAAGAUCCCCAGCAGCCAGGGGAAAGGAUCUCCAAUGAAGGUUUCUAAGGGCUCCACCACGGAAACCAGCAACAGUGGACCAACCUCAGGUUUCACAGCUCAGGAGUCAAAGUCCCCUUCUUCUCCUCCGGUCAAGAUGUCCAGGUUCAUCAAAGCUCCAGGCUGCACUACAAGCCCCAAGGCAGUGAGCAACAAGCUUCCAGGCAGGAAUGACUGGACAAAGGGCUCCUCAUCUAGUGUUCCAACCGGCUCCCCACACUUCCCAAGAAGGCAUUUGGAACACAUGGACUACAGGGAACAGCCUACCAGAGACAGACACUGUGAAGCCAGCAGCAAAACUGAACUCAGGUCCCCGUCUCCUCCCCUGCCCCCUGGCCGCACCACCUCCUUACUUAUCAGACCAAACUACGAUGGGUCACCUCAAGCACUUAAACCAGGGGCUCAACCAUCCACGCCUACAACUGUGAGGGGGCCACCCCCGAGUUACCACCCCCCGCCUGUACCAAAUAUGCAACAUUCAUUACCACCACCACCCUACAAGGGCCAAGAUACCAUAGACCUGGACGCAGGCUACGGUACCGCAAUCGCACCUCAGAAACUGUUGGACAAAUCGAGCCAGCAGCACCCUGCUUCAAAUGAGACCCCCUCUAAAGGCACUUCGAAACGGGUCCCCACAAAACUCUACCUCCCCUCCUCAGCCUCAGGGCAUGUGCCUGAUCACCCUGUAAAUGCACCUAAAAGCUCAAAGAAUGUCCCUCCUCCCUCAUACAACUCUCAACGUGGCUCUUCGCUUCAAAGCACAUUUACUAGUAAGAAAGGUACCAAUGACAAUAGGCAUCCUAUGUUGUAUAAGACCUCUAGUAGUUUUCCUGUAACUCUGCAGGGCCACCCUCAGUCUCCAACAGAACCUCACGGUAGUAUGACUCCUCAAGCUGUAGCGAACCCACCUGUCUCUGGAACUAGCACUCAAAAUUCCACGGAAAAAGCGUCAAAGACACGCAUUCCUAUGGGCUUCAAAGCUUUUGUGAAAUCGCCCCCCUCACUGCAGAAAGGCUCCACCACGAUACCAGGAAAGCAAGAGAAGGAACACAUCAACUCGGUCUCCAAAGAGACUGUGACUUCAAAUGCUUUCGCCCCAUGUGACAGUUUUCAGGCAGUGUAUUUUGAUUCGUUAGCCAUGACUUCCAUCAUGGAGACUAAGGGUGAGGUCCAGUGCAUCCUUCAGGAAGAGGAGGGACACACCUCUGAGUUGGCAGAGCAGGGGGAGGUUGGUGACAAGUCGGACUGCGACAGUAGACUGUUCAAGAGGUCCAUAUCUGUCACGACCAAACCUCACCUAAAGCCCGCCCCUGGGGAUGAACGGGCGAAAGCGCGCAGCCAGAGUUUCAGCACCCACUACAUGGAAAAACCCAACAUCAACGUGUUGGACGGACAUGUGAAGAUUCGAACCCAGAUCAUCACCAACUCUGGAGAGAGGGGGAACUCAUUAACAAGGCAGAGCUCAUUUGUUGAGGGCCUACAGAUGAAACCCAGUAGCGGAUCUGGGGAAAGUCCGGUCCGUUCUAGCCACAGGUUGAGCCACUACGGAGGUAUGACAGGCUCUAACAGCCACCAGGGCCUUCCGGAGAGAGCCUCCAAAUCGGGCUCCACCGGUGAUGGGCCACGGAACACUGCAAAGGGGGAGAGCAUCACGGCUCCACCUCAGAAAGAAGUGCGUAGCUUACCCCUUGCCGACCGGAUCGGCUUGAAGAACUCCCGAAAUCCCAAGAAGGUCGCAUCUCAUCCUCAGUUUGAGUCGCCGGCCUCUCCUGUCUAUAGCCCAGAGGCCACAACAAAGGGUGGGAAAGUGCUCAGCCCCGGCAAACUAGACCUCCCGAAGAGCGUCAAAGUCCAGGCAGGCUGUUCCCAAGGGGCGCUCGAUGAGGGAGAGCAACCAGUGAGCCCCACAGUCUGCACCAUCGAGGAGAAGGUCAUGAUGGGGAUCGAGGAGAAUAUCCAGAAAGGUCAGGGUCAAGAGAAGGUAACAGCAUCGGAGACCAAGCAGAAGACCGGCCCUUCUCUGGCCAACUGGUUCGGCCUACGUAAAAGCAAGCUGCCAGCCUUGAAUGGGAAGAAAUCAGACGCCACCUCCCCGAAAGAGAAAGAUGAGAAAAAAGAUCUGAAGAUCGGAUCCGUGCUGGGAGGCAAACAGAUGAAAUCGGACAAAAAGAAGGACAAGAAGAAAAAUGACAGCCAGUUCGAAAAGAGUCCAGAGCUGACGUUGUCGGAGAACAAGCUGAGCUCGAUCAUGGAUCAUUGCAAUAUUCAGAUGGGACAAAUAGCCAAUCAGAUCCAGUGUUCUACAACCUACACCGGGAAAGACCAGUUCAUUAAAGAGCUUCUUGGCAGGAGUGUAAGGAAGGGCGACUCCAUCGCUGAAUCUCUCCCUGGCAUCUCCAUCCCCAAGAGAAACAGCGAUAUGAGGGGAGAUAUGGAGAUCUGCUCCGAUACAGCUACCAUCAUUGUGACACAGAAGAUCAGCCUGCAAGGAGAGAAUGAGGAGGACCCCACCCCCGAGACAUCAUGUCAGGAUCAUAUGAUAGGCUCCAGCUGCCAGAUGAGAACCCUGGACAGCGGGAUUGGCACCUUCCCCCUCCCCGACUCCAUCACCCGGGUCAACGGGCGCCACAUUCCCAGAUCCGAGUCCAGCCCAGACCAGAUGAUGGCGAGCAUUCCCAGUCCCACUGAUCCUGACCAGGAUCCUGACCUGCUCUCGGCCUCUGCUGCUCAUUCCCCAUUCCAUGUGAAAGUGCCUUCCCUGUCUGAGACCCACCCGCAUGCACCACCCACCAGUGCCCUGGGCCACUCCCUGUCUGACCCUACAGUUACUGGACGAGGUUGUGGACAGGACGCCCUGAGCCGCCUCCCCAGACCAUCCACCUCAGAUGUGAUCAGAAGGAAGCGACUGAGUCAGAUACAGUUGCGCAGCACCAGCCACACAGUCACUACAGAGGCCCACGAGGAAAAAGUGGAGAAGAAGAGGAACACCAAGGACCUAAACUCACCCAGUGACAGAGUCCUGAGAGUGUGCACAUACUCUGGCAGCAGCAGUGACACAGAGACAGAGUCUGAAGGGAACACGCUAGGCUCCACCCAAAGCACUCUUACCAACAGAGCAAAGACAAGCAACCAAGUUGUCUACGAAGAGGAGACGAUGAAGAGGAGCAGUGUGGGAAAGUUCCCGUCAAUCAUGGACUACUAUCAACAUGACAUGUUCUCUCACAUAGAGAAGGACGACCACAGGAGGAGUUUCUCCCAAUACAACUUGUUGCACAACCAAUCAUCGCUAGAGGGAAAAGCACGAGACAGACUAAGCAAAGGGAAUCAAGUGGACAUGACGACAGGCGGCUGCGGCGGAGUGGUCCAGGCCGGCUCUAGAGACGUGUCCUUGGAGUCCCUGAACAAGCUGAACAGCAGUGGGCUGGGGCUGUACCCGGAGACAGAGCAAAGGCCAAGUAGCGGUGACUGCUCCUGUUCCGCAGGGGAGAGAGAGGAGGACUGCUGCAGCAGGGCUGACAACGAGCCCUCGUCGUCCAGCUACGGCUCCAACAAGCCCGGGGCGGAGCGUGUGGGUUCUCUCAGUGAUUCGCUUUACGACAGCUUCUCCUCGUGCACCAGUCAAGGCUCCAACAAUGUGUAGAGUAAGAAAGUGGAGGCCGGGGACGAUUCUGUGGAGUCCUCUGCUACUCCCACCAACCGAAGCACUUAGGUCAUAAGGAAGGAAGUGAUGUCAUAGGUGAUGUCAUAAGAUAAGGACGUGAACCCAGACUGUACAGUAUGCAUGACCUCUGACCUGGACAAUUAAACUAUAGGCUACAACAGUACCACCGUUCAAGGUGUGGAAAGCAAUAUUAGAAAUAGUCUUCUUGCAUUAUAUAUUUUUUCCCGAAGGGGGAAUGUUUUUUAUCAUUGCACUGUAACAAAUACUGUACAAAGUUUUUAAGGAAUUUAAAAAGUGAAAUUCAACUUGAAGACAAAACUAGAGUAAAUACCACCAAAACAAACCAAUCAGAAAUAUCAUCAGGAGCAACUGAUGAUGCCUAGUAGUGUGAAGCAAUACCUUAGGAAUCAUCAAAUGUGAAAAAAAACAAUUAUGGUUGUUGGAUGUGGAUGUGGAUAGACGGUUUUCUCACUGAUCAUUAUUUCUCAAGUUUGAAUUGGAGCAAUGUUUUACUGCCACAGUGUUGUAUGCCAUAAUGGCAGGUCUACACACCACAACUCCCAUCAUGCAAUACACUGCAACCCAUACCAUACAAUCACAGCCCCUAAAGCCAUUGGCUCAAACGUGUACGAUUUCCAGACUGCUGUGGUAUCUUGAAAGUUGCAUGGUGAACGAAAAUGUGACACACACACAUUAGAACAAAUACAAGAACAAAUAUUGUAUUUUA